CGUCCAAUCCACAGUGCUAACAGUGCAUUCCAACGAUGAGCAUGGCUAUCAUCUGUAAAUCAAAUCUUAUACCCGGCAUAUCUAGCUGGAGAGGGAUAUUGCUAGCAUAUUAAUAGUUCAUUACUGGCGUGUGCGCCAAGUUAUAGCCAUGAAUGAUUGAAAAGGCAUAUUAGAAAACUCGCGCUUGUAAAGCCGAUCACCCUCCCUCCCCACAUACCGGAUAUACAUACAUCCAUGGAUAUCUUCUGGCGGAACUCGCUGCGAGUCUGCGAUUUGAGAAACGGGGCCUCGGCAUAUCCGCUCUUCCCCGCCCUCGUGGACUGGGACCAUCAGUGCAGCGGGGAGAACGACCGAGCCCCACGGCCAUCUGAUGGGUCCCCAAACCAUUGCGCCAGAUCUAAGUACUAUUUAUAUCGUUGCUAUUUCUCCGAGAAAUGCCUCAGAGAUAGCUAAUUUCCCAUCUUUUCCGGACGCAAAUCUAGUGUUGACAACCCCGUGAACAAAAAAGAAGAUGUCUUAUGAAAAGAACUUCGCCGGAAUCCCUCCGUUCGCAGACGAUGUGCCCUGCGCCCCGCUUCUGCGUCUCUCGCUGGAAAAGCUCCUAAGCCAAGACGAGACCGAAGUGCUACGCUUAUACAGCGCAUGCAAGGAUUUGGGGUUCUUCUAUUUGGACCUGCGCGGUACUGCGAUCCUGGCAGAUGCUGAUCAACUCUUUGGGAUCGGGGAGCAGUUAUUCGAACUAGACAUCGACGAGAAACGGCGCUAUGAUUUCAGCAAAGAGAAUUCAUACUUUGGAUACAAGGAAACUGGCGCAGCGGUCGUGGACAGGGAAGGGAAUCCUGAUAGGAAUGAAUUUUAUAAUGUUUCCAAGGACGAUAUCUUCGGAAUCUCAGAACCCCUGCCAGCGCCGGAUUUCCUCAAUAAAUCACGACCGGUUUUCAAAUCAUUCAUGACCAAUGCCCACAGCAUCGUAACCCUGAUCCUCAACCUGCUAAAUGAGAGUCUCCACCUGCCCCCAUCCACCCUAGCAAACAUGCACCGCCUCGACGCUGUCAGCGGUGAUCAGGUACGAAUGAUCAAAGCGCCGCCGCAGCCGCCAGACGAUAGGCGCACGGCGCUAGGUCAACACACAGACUUCGGCAGCGUAACCGUCCUCUUCAACCGCGUGGGUGGCCUACAAAUUCUACCACCAGGCAAGGACGCAGAGUGGUGUUACGUGCGCCCCUUGCCAGGUCAUGCAAUCAUAAAUUUAGGCGAUGCCAUGGUGAAAUUCACGAAUGGCCUAUUACGCUCUAAUAUACACAGAGUGGAGUCCCCCCCCGGCCCGCAGGCCGAGACCACCAGAUAUAGCCUUGUGUACUUUGCACGGCCAGAGGAUGACGUCAUUCUCAAGCGGCUGGAGGGGAGUGAUUGUAUCCCGCCACUUACACUUAGGGAUGAGACGGGGGCCUUGGUGGACGAGGAGGAGAUUAAGAGCAAGGAUUGGAUUAUUCGUCGUGCGUUAGGGAAUCGGCCAGCGCUGCAUAAGGAGAUUGAUUAUGAAAACAAUAUGGGCACGGAAAUGAUCAGCCGGAGGGUAUAUACCUAAUUUGCUUUAGGUUCGUUUGCUUAUUUUAUUUAGGAGUUAUUAACUUAUUCGUGGUAACUAAUUAGGUAAAAUAGCCAAAUGUGUACUCUUAUGACAACCGUCAGAGCUAGUAAUCUACUCCUGCAGCGGCUGCCGCUCUACUGACUCAAAGAUCGUUCUGCCUUACCAUUUAUCAAGACUUCGAAAACAACCAUUAAUUAGGAUCUAAGCCUAUUUAUUACCUUAUUAAUUUUAAUAUUUUUGGCGUAACAGUGGGUUUCCAACAAGGAAAGUACCCCUCCCCAUCUGAUGUACUGAUACCCCAACGCGACUCAAGCAAACAAAAUUAAUUUUGAAACUAUAAUUCAAGAAUAUACCAACUGGCAAUCGAGAGACAAAGAAGGGGAAUAUUCCGAGGGCUGGGUUGUUUUUAUGAUGAAGACUCCUCUUCAAUCUUGCCGACUUUGGAAUAUUAAAACUGCGAGAAACUUGAUGUUGCAAGGGGCGGUACACAACAUCAGGGGGCUAGACCCAAGUUCGCAACACCAUGAAAAAGCAGGUAAUAUCAUAUAUCUCAUACGUGCAUGGUAAUAUUUCCUUUUCUUUGUGUCCUGUACAACUCAUACGUAGGAACUCAGAACGAUCAGCAGAAAUUAAGCUAGCCAGCCUGUAUAACUAACUCAUCAAAUAGCCAGGAGUAUCUACAACAGGGAAAAUAAAAUUAAUAAACAAGUAGCAAGAUCAAAGUAUCAGAGUCAUAACAAGUAAAUAAUUAUGCGCAUGCAAAGGGCCCCGCCCUCGCUCUCCCCGAACCCCUUCUCCACACUCCAUCGCCAACCUA